AUGAGAAACAUCAGAGCAAAGACUUUUAUACUGUUUGGAGCUCUUGGUCUGCUGAUCCUCCAUUUAUACAAAACCUUUACUGAACAUAAAUUCGCCCAACAGGUAAAACUGAGAAAUGUUGGGCAGAAGAGGCCUCUGAGCAACAACAAUCACUUUAUAUAUUCCUGGAAAGGUUGUCAUAGGAAUGAAACUUGGGCAAAGAUCACAGACUUCACUUCUCUUCCUACAAACACCCAGGACUUUCUUUACUAUCGUCACUGUCGUCAUUUCCCUAUGCUAUUGGAUGUUCCUGACAAAUGUGGAGGAGCCAACAGAUCUUCUGAGGUUUUUCUUCUGCUGGUCGUCAAAAGUUCCCCCGUGAACUACGACAGACGGGAGGUGCUACGCAAAACCUGGGCAAAAGAGAGAUUACACAACGGUGUGUGGAUCCGACGGAUCUUCAUCUCAGGAACGAUGGACACUGCUUUUGAGAAACGAAGGCUGAACAAGCUCCUCAAACUAGAAGGACAGGAACACAAUGAUAUCCUCCAGUGGGACAUCAAUGACUCCUUCUUUAACCUUACCUUGAAGCAGAUCCUCUUCCUGGAAUGGAUGGAAAGAAACUGUCCACAUGCCCGCUUUCUCCUGAACGGUGAUGAUGACGUCUUUGCCAACACGGACAACAUGGUGGAGUAUCUCCAAGGUCUCAAAGACAAUAAUGGAGAUAAACACCUCUUUACAGGUCACCUAAUUCAGAAUUCAGGGCCUAUUAGAUACCAAUGGAGCAAGUAUUUUAUACCAGUUCAGGUGCAGGAGUCGGAUUAUUACCCUCCCUACUGUGGAGGUGGAGGCUUCCUCCUGUCUGGUUUUACAGCUUCAGUCAUAUAUAAAAUGUCCCAUUCCAUUACGGUUCAUCCCAUUGAUGAUGUCUACAUGGGAAUGUGUUUAGCCAAAGCAGGCCUCGUACCUGUAUCUCAUAUAGGUGUGAAAACAGCAGGACUGUACAUCCCUUCUGACAAACUCGAUGAAUAUGACCCUUGCUAUUACAAAGAAGUCUUACUGGUGCACAGAUUCCUUCCAGCCAGUGUUUAUCUCAUGUGGAAUAGAAUACAUGACCCAUAUCUGAAAUGUGACACUUCAAAGAAAUCAUUUUUGUAG